CGAUCAACGGUUCAGUUAAGAAUCGCACCGACUAGAGGAAGUUAAUACUGGGCAGUCCAGUGAAAAUUUCAAAUGCGUGAUUAGCGUAACACGAUAUCGUAACCGUUAAGCGGAGGUCGGUUGGCUGGUGGCGUGACAGACACUGCCCGACGAAGACGACGACGACGACCGCGACGCCUUCUUGGACAGCGUGACACAGGACGGUCGGUCGGUCGGUUCGGGAGCGGAUUACCGCUCAAACACCUGCUAAUCGCUGUUGUUCUCCAGAACGAAAGAAAGUGCUGUAGUUAGUAGUAGCAGUUAGUAGACAAAGUGCAAUUAGUGUAAUCGAUUAGGUGAGAGCAAAACUGAUAUCCCGAACCGGUUUAAAUUGGUUCCGUCCUUGACGCAGGCAGAACAAUGCUCAUUCUAUGGAAACGAGUGCAUUGCAUUUUAUUAACUUUCUUCGGACUUGAUUGAGGAUUAAAUAGUGUUGAAUUGUCAGAUGUUUAGUGAAUGUUUUUGUAGAAGCGCAAAAGCAACAACAGAUGGACGGUUCUGAGUUAUUAUUAGAACUUGGUUGACGCACAAAAGCAAUCCAUUGCUGACCGGUGUGAGUUCGGUUUUCGAGUGUAGAAGAACGACUGGGACGGGGGUGAGAUCGAAGCAAUCGUUGUGUAUUUGGAUCAGUAUUUUUCGUUUGUUGUUGUUGGUUUCUGAAGGACCGGAAAUUGGCGAAAAUGGAGCUCGAGCCAAACGAACUUCUCCGAAGCAGUUUGGUGAAAGAGAAUGAAGUUCCUAUGGUCUCGAUGGACGGAGAAGCUCACCCGGAAAUAACACUGGCCGCUGUCGGAAUGGGAGUUCUCGUAGCUUGUAUCAUCCUGAUAACAUUGAUAGCUUACAUCAGUCGAAGGAAAAGACAACUCUACAACAACAUCAAAAACGGUUCCCGAACGUUGAGCACAUCCAGAAAGUCCAACAACGGAUCAACGGAAGUGUUUACCAUUUCGAAUCAGGUUCCAUCGCACAGCUGCCGAAGCUCCACGGUCACAGUCUGUACGGAUGUGGUGACACGGAUUUGAUCGGAAACUUUCGAUAAAUUGUAAUGACAAUGACUUGCGCGUUUGUGAUCGGAAACGGAGACUGAACACGGAACCUGAGUUUCAGUUGGAAAAAAAUGACCUUUCUUUUAAGCUCUACAAUGUAAUAGAAGUUAAGUCAAACAUUAUCCGCAAAUAGUAGCAUUUAGACAGUUUGUGUAUAUUUUGUAGGUAAAUGUAUGCUCUAAAAACCAUCAAAUGGUUGAUCACUAUUAAACUGAUAAUAGAACUGUG